UUUCUGCUGUCAUAAUGGGAAAAUGGGUGCCCGUAGAAGAUCUGGAAAAAAAAUAAGGGCUUCUAAUGGCUGAUAAUGCCGGUGUAGAUGCGGGCAAUCUUAAUGUUGUAAGAGAAAAUGAUGUCGCCAUCAUGGAACAAGGUCCGAAAGUGGUGGAAGAAGAUGUGAAUAUGGAGGAACGCCAACAGGUUGAGAAUUCAAAGACUUUCGAAAACGGUGACAUCCAUGACAAAAUUGUGGCAACCCCAACUAUUGCCCCAAAGAAAUGUGAUGACCUGAAGACCUCGACUUCAUCAAGCAAGAAAAGAACAAAUUCUUUGCCAAAGUCAUUGCUCCCUGGUAAAGCAUCCAAUUCUCCAGUACCUCCUUCUAAACGGCUUCGGGACAAGCUAGGAAUGAUGCUGAUGUUGCUAAGUCGAUCGGGAACUCAUAUGACAAGAAGGAAACAAUGCCGAACCUGCUCCACAUGUCAUUAAAAUUUUCUUCUAGCGCCGGUAAAACUAAUAGAUCAGUAAGAACGUUGAGAGAUAUUGCAACUCCUCCACAAAUGCAAACUAGGGUAUUGAAGAAAGCUUCUGAUCAAGAGAAUUUAGCUACUUCAAGCGAUUUUUUUUUUUUUUUUGCAAAUUCCAAGUUAUACAAUCAUGGUGGAGUAUCCAAACAAGCAACUUCUAGAAUCGAAAAUAAGUCAAAUAACCAUGCUUAUAUUAAUAAGAAGCCCGCAUUAGACUCAAAUGAGCAGAAGAGAAAAACUAUAAAAUCCCUUCACAUGUCGAUGGAUUUCAUAUGGCGUGCUGGUGAAGCCGCUAAAACAUCGCCUAAGGUAUCCAGAGAC